UGAGCCUCUAUCUAUCCUCCUCUCUCUCCGAAUCUCUCUCUUCCUCGACUUCUCCUUCUGAAGGCGAAGUAGCUCUGCGUAAGUCUCUGAUGGCUGCCGACGUAACUUCUCUCGUUCGUGUUCUUGCCGGUGGUGGCUACAAGGAGGACAAGCAUCGGACGGUGGGAAAUGAAUCGAACAGUGAGAGAUCUCCGGUUCUGAUUACUCGGGACUUGCUCGGCGGGUCCUCUAAAUCUGUUGUUGAAUCUGAGGAAUUGGACCUCGACUUGCAGGUCCCCAGUGGCUGGGAGAAGCGCUUAGACCUCAAGUCAGGGAAAGUCUAUAUUCAAAGGUGCAACACUUCAAGCUCUCAAUCAGUGUCAGAACACAAACUCAAUUCGAACCCAUCAGGUCCAAAACUUCAGGACCUAAACGGGCCUCCCUCACCAUCAAAACUAUCUCUCAACCUAUUCGACGAGACAAGCUUAGACUUGAAGUUGUUCUCUUCUUCGUUGCCAUCAACCAAUUACCAAAGUGUAUGCACCCUUGACAAGGUGAAAUCAGCCCUGGAAAGAGCAGAGAAAGAGCCUAUCAAGAAGAGAACGACCACAUCGUUCUGGAAAUCGUCGUCCUUGUCAUCGCCGUCGCCUUCAUACUCAUCUUCAUCCUCUUCCAUGAGAGAAGCCCAGGAAGAAGAAAGU